CGAGAAAAAAGUAAAACGAAAUAAAGGAAUAAUAACCAUUGGAUUCGAAAGAAGUUGUCAAGAAAAUUUUGCAGUUUUCUAUUUAAUAAACGUAAUAGAAUAUUACAGCAGUGAAUAGUGUGCUGUUCACGUUUUUUUUUUUUUUUUCAAGUGUUUUAGACAGUUAAAAUAUUUUGUUCGAAGAUAGAAAAUUUGAUUUAAAAAAAAGAAAGAAUAAUGGAAACGGUUUCAGUUACCUCGUCAUUUUUAUCAUCCACGGGAUUUUAUUCGUUGAUGAUACUGACUGUAAUUCUAGCUGCUACUUAUUUUUAUAUAGAAACAUCUAGACUCGUUAGAUAUGGAAGAAAACUACCAGGACCACCAACUGUUCCAUUUUUUGGAAAUAUUUUAUUAGCGUUCAACAUUCAUCCUAGAGAUAUCCUAAAUAAAUUACUUGCACUGGAUAUUUACGGACCCGUUACUCGUGCUUUCGUCGGAAUGGAAUUAAUCGUAUUUCUCACGGAUCCGCGUGACGUUGAAGUAGUUCUUAGCAGUCAUGUUCACAUAACCAAGUCACCAGAAUACAGAUUCUUCAAACCCUGGUUAGGUGAUGGUUUGUUAAUUAGCAAUGGCCAAAAAUGGUACUCGCACAGAAAAUUUAUAGCACCUGCGUUUCAUAUGAGCAUACUUAAAUCAUUCAUACCGUUAUUUUACGAGAACAGUUUGACUUUGGUAAAAAGAUUGAGAGAUCAAGUUGGAAAGGAAUUCGAUUGUCACGAUUAUUUGUCAACGGUAACGGUUGACAUAUUGGUGGAAACAGCCAUGGGAGUUAGAGGAAAAAAUAAAGAGAAGACAAGUUUCGAUUAUGCCAAGGCCGUUAUGAAAAUGUGCAAUAUCAUUCAUAUCAGACAGUAUAGUAUACUAUUAAGAUUCGAUAAGUUUUUCAAAUGGACGAAAUACGGAAUGGAACAAGAAAAACUUGUGAACACCGUCCACAGUCUGACAUCGCAAAUAAUAAAAGAGAAAAAAUUGGAAGCAUUGAAUUUGCACGUCAUAGGAUCGAAUAAUAAAUCUCAAAACGACGAGAAAGAUAAGAAGAGUAACGAUAAUUCGGAAAAGAAAUAUAUGAAUUUGCAUUACGUCAAGGAUGAUCUCGACGAAAUGGACGAGAAUGAUAUUGGAUUGAAAAAACGUUCUGCAUUUUUAGAACACAUGUUGGAACUUGCCCGAAAUGGUACUAAUCUGACCGAUGAGGAAAUUAAAGAAGAAGUCGAUACCAUAAUGUUCGAGGGUCACGAUACUACGGCAGCAGCUUCUAGUUUCAUACUUUGCAUCCUAGGAGUUAAUCCAGAUAUUCAGGAACGUGUUAUGGAAGAAUUAAAUAUGAUAUUCAAUGAUUCAGAUAGACCAUGCACAUUUCAAGAUACUCUUGAAAUGAAAUAUUUCGAAAGAGUCAUUUUAGAAACCUUGAGACUUUUCCCACCAGUUCCAGCAAUAGCAAGAGUCCUUCACGAAGACGUACAAUUAGUUAGCAAUAAGAAAAUCUUACCAUCAAAAUGUAGAGUCAUAAUACCGCAAUACAAAAUUCAUCGUAUGCCGGAAUAUUAUCCAAAUCCUGAGGUAUUUAAUCCGGACAAUUUUUUACCAGAAAAAAUGCAACAGAGACAUUAUUAUUCCUACAUUCCUUUCAGCGCAGGUCCAAGGUAAUUACAAUUACAUUACAAUUUAUUAACGCAUUGAUGACGAUUUGUUACAACAAACAUAUAUUCUGAA